AUCUCUACCUGGUCAUCGUACUUUUUCUAGUCCUUCCAGAUCCGGCAUCUUUCAGUUCGUACGAAAAUCUACUAAUUAUUAGUAGCGUUCCAUACUUGAGAAGAAAUACGUGCGAUCGAACACCGAGGGAGCUUUUUGAUAUCUUGAUUAAGCCAACGUUGACCAUGAACUCAUUUUCUGUGGAGGACAUUCCAGACUUAUCAGAAAUGACCAUCUGUUUGUGGCUUAAGAUUGGAGCAGGAUGGAGCAGCAAUUCAAACAAAAGAAUGUACCUUGUCUCCUAUGACGUGGAUGCUCUAAAUACAUUGAAAACAAACAGCUUCUUUCUGGCCCUCGACGACAGCAAAAGUCUUGUCUUUGGAAUUGGAAAUGAGGCAAAGCCAUGUACUUUCGACGCUACUAAUCUGAUGGAUGACCAAUGGCAUCAUAUCUGCAUCUUAUGGGACGGCGCCGCAGAUUCAGGAUACACAAGUUACUACAGGGACGGAGCUGAAGUCAAAUUUCAACCCUGUUCUGUCGGCACAAGGAACGCUGGUGGAGCGCUCCAACUUGGAGGAGGAGAAAGAACAGAGAACGUGGAGAUAACAGGGUUUAAUCUGUGGAAUAGAAUACUCACGGAAUCAGAGAUUGCUGAGGAAGCUAAUAAGUGUGAUGGAGGCAUGGGUGGUCCAAUUGUGAAAUGGAGAGAGUUCUAUAAGAAGUCACUGAGGAGGAAUUUUAUAAGAGAGUUGUCUCAGUGUGUAGUUUCUGGAGCUGUUGAUGGAGGCUACACUGGAUGGUCAGUGGUUUCUGAGUGCACUGCCACAUGUGGUGGAGGUACCAAGACUCUCGUCAGGACCUGCAACAAUCCUCCCCCAGCGAGGGGUGGGAAGGACUGUAAACACCUUGGGGCAACCAGGAAGACACAGGAGUGCAAUACACAACCUUGCCCUCGUCCGUUAUCCCCGUCUUUUGACGUCCGAAUCGUCUAUGGUGGUAUUGAGAGGAAUCAGCUGAAGAUAAGACCGGACGAUGUCUCUCCUGACGUGACGCAGCUGACAAUGUGCAUGUGGCUGAAGCUUCAAACUACAGGGGAUUGGAAAAAUGACAUUAAUAACAUGGAUUUAGCAGCAUACCGUACAUAUAGUAGGGAUGUUAUUUACGUCAAACUCUAUGGCGAACGUAAAGGCGGCAUGCGUUUGUACGUUUUCAUGCUCACAUUGCAUGCUUCAUCGACAUUUUGCUAUACGAAGGGUACAGUCAAAGAGCUCGAUGAUCAUCAUUGGCAUCAUGUUUGUAUGGCCUGGGAUGGAAACGCACGAACAAUUAAAUACUUCAAAGAUGGCAACUCGAUUCCGUCAGACGAUGAUUGUCAAGCACAGGAUAAAUUAAAAGGAAAUCCAAAAUACCUAACUGUAGGGUAUAGUAGGAGAAAACUUGGCGAUGAGGUACGUUUAACUGGUUUUAACCUGUGGGACAGAGUCCUAACUAAUAAAGAAGUACUCGACAACGCCAGGUCGUGCCAAGAAGUUUUGGGUCAUCCUGUGGCACAAUGGAAUGAUUUCUACAACGCAGCUCAAACUAACGCUAAAGAGCAUGUUGUUGAGCCAUCAGAAUGCAACGUGGAUGGUUAAUUUGUAUUGACUACCGAAUUAAAGUAAUUUGCAAUCUAUUGAAAUUUUGCUUGCUUAUUCUUUUUCUGGUUGCAAUAAACGUCCAAACAUUGUUUGUUCCAUUUUGCCACCUCCUCCUUCUUUUUAAAACUUUCGCCUAGGAAAUUAUUAUUAAAAUUUUUUCCUCUAAUCGUUGACCCCAAACGAAUCACAUCUACAGUUCAUGCAAAACAAGCCAGUUAGUAUGUGUAAUGAAAUGGUGACUAAAGAGAUGAGGGGACUUAUCCUACCCGUGUCUAGGGGUUUCAGUAUAAGUCUGUGACCGGGAGUCUACACCUCUUACCGUCGUCUGUUUAGCUUACGAGCAGGGACUCGUGUGGUUAUUACCUUACGGUCCCUCUACGAAGCAUGGCCGCCGGCAGUCGCUUAUGGAAAAGUUAUUGGAAACCCGACGUGUCUAUUCUUGUUUUGCGAGGGAGGUUACAUAUCCCUUAAUUUUACGAGCUCGUCAUUGGACACCCUAUUGAAUCCAAUAGGGUGAGUGGGGUUUUUGUCUAUUUCAUAUGGGGAAGUUUCAGUACCCCAGUCACUUAAAAACUUAACAUAAGUUUCAAGAAUCGCUUUUAGAA